GAAAAAUGGCAAAGAGAAUUGCAGAGAAGGAAUUGACUGACAGAAAUUGGGAUCAGGAGGAUGAAGCUGAGGAGGUGGGAACUUUCUCAGUAGCAAGUGAAGAAGUCCUGAAGAACAGAGCUAUUAAAAAAGCAAAGCGCCGAAACGUUGGAUCGGAGUCUGAAAGUGGAGGUGCUUUUAAAGGUUUUAAAGGCUUUCUAUUGCCUUCUGGAAAAGGAGGAGGUGGCUUCAGUGGAUUUGGUAACGGUGCAGGAGUAAAGCCCUUAGAAGGGCUGUCUAAUGGGAGCAGUAGUGUCUCUAGCACCCCUUCUUUCAGCAGUUUGAAGACCACGUCUGAAACACAAUCAGCAUUUGGAUCCACAAUGUCCAAUGGUCCUGCUACUACUGCAUUUACUGAGAAGAAGGCUGCGAGCCCAAAUGCCAAUGGUGGCAGUCAACCAUCCUCAUCUAGCUAUGCUCAGAGUAAAGUUUGUAGCUCUGGUGUUUACCACAAACAGUUAGCAGCUUUAAACUGUUCUGUGCGUGACUGGAUAGUUAAGCAUGUCAACACAAACCCACUGUGUGACCUGACACCCAUCUUCAGAGACUACGAGAAGUACUUAGCAAACAUUGAACAGCAGCAUGGAGGUGGCAGUGAUAGCAGCUCUGAAAAUGAAAGCAACAAGACAUCUGGAUCUCAGGCCGUUUCUGCAUUUGGGAAUUCCAAGCUGCAGCAAGGAUCAACAUUUUUGUUUAACAACAAAACUGAGGAUACCUCGGACAAAAAACCUGAAGCUGCGUCAGAAAAAAAAGCCCCAUCCUUAGGAGCUACAUCAACUGCCUCAUUUAAUUUUGGAAAGAGUGUCGACAGUUCUGGUUUGGGUUCCCUUGGUUCAGGAACUCUUGGUAGCUUCUCAUUUUCUCCUGGAAAUUCAGGUUUGUUUGGAAAAGAUGCAAACCAGGCCAAGUCUGUUACUGCAGUAUCCACCAAUGUACUGGAGGCUCAGACAGAAAGUGACGACAAAGGAGGAGAAGAGGAGGAAGAAGAGCCACCAAAAGUCAUUGUUAAUGAAAUAAAAGAAGAUGAUGCUUUCUACUCAAAGAAGUGCAAACUGUUCUACAAAAAGGAUAAUGAAUUUAAAGAGAAAGGUGUAGGAACAUUACACUUAAAACCAGCAGGAAAUGAAAAAACUCAACUCUUAGUCCGAGCAGAUACCAAUUUAGGAAACAUACUGUUGAAUGUUCUAAUUCCACCCAAGAUGCCAUGUACAAGAACCGGAAAAAACAAUGUUCUUAUAGUUUGUGUUCCUAAUCCACCAAUUGAUGAGAAGAAUCCAGCUGUUCCUGUCACUAUGUUAAUAAGGGUGAAAACAAGUGAGGAUGCAGAUGAGUUGCACAAAAUCUUACUGGAGAAAAAAGAGGUUUAAAUAAGUUGCAGUCAAUGAUUUGAGGAAUUAUUGCCAAAUUGCUGCUGCUGUAUUUUCUUUCAUAACUUCACCUGAACAUUUAAACUCUUUACUCUGAUACUAAGAACUGUUACAGGAAUUCUGGAACAAUUCUGUGAGGAAAAGCUAGCUAAUAAAAACUUUACUAGAAC